UCGAAUUCAAGCAUAAACUUCCAAUUCAUUUUCCUUUUCCUUCGCCUUCACGAGUCCGCCUUCUCUCUCUCUCUCAAAGCUGGCAGCUUUGCACUAAAAUAUAUACACAAAAACAAACAAUAAGAUAACCCAACUCAGAGCUCUCUUUCUCAAUCUCAUUCUCUCCCCCCAACUCCCAAGCAAUCCCCUUUCUUCAAUUUCAAUCAUUCGUUUCUAUGACAAUGCUCUUCCGAUCCAAGUCAUGCGGAGUCAACCGCACACCCAAAUCUACGCUGAUCUAUUCACCUCCUUCUUCAUCUCUCUAUUUAUCCCCGGAAGAAGAAGAAGAAGACGAAGAAGACGAAGAAGACGGAGACAAUGAUGAUGUAUGUUUUGCAGCUAAUCGAGUUAGGACGCCAUUUAUGGUUCAAGAAAAAGCUCAAAUUGAUCCAAAUCAGAAUAACCCACAACAGAAUCAGGGAAAUCAGUUUCAGAUUUUGGAUAUUGUUAUGGCUGUAUUAAGGAAAUCUCUGAUUACUUGCAGCGUUGUAACAGAUGAAGUUUCCUCCACGGAUAUCGGAUGGCCUACUGAAGUCAGGCAUGUCUCUCAUGUAACUUUCGAUCGAUUUAAUGGCUUUCUUGGUCUUCCUGUUGAACUCCAGCCUGAUGUUCCUCGUAAGGUUCCUAGUGCCAGUGCAAGUGUAUUUGGAGUCUCUGCAAAAUCAAUGCAGUGUUCUUACGAUGAAAAUGGAAACAGUGUGCCAACAAUUCUUCUCAUGAUGCAAAAACGUUUGUACCUUGAAGGAGGCCUUCAGGCUGAAGGCAUCUUUAGGAUUAAUGGUGAAAACAGUAAAGAAGAAUAUGUUCGGCAACAACUUAACAAAGGCAUUAUUCCACAUGAAGUAGAUGUUCAUUGUUUGGCUGGUUUAAUAAAGGCAUGGUUUAGAGAACUUCCAAGUGGAGUUCUCGAUUCUCUAAACCCGGAAAAUGUAAUGCAAUGCAACACAGAAGAAGACUGCACUAAACUCGUGAAGUUACUUCCUCCAACCGAAGCAGCACUUCUAGACUGGGGAAUUAACCUAAUGACCGACGUAGUAAAACACGAGCAUCUCAACAAGAUGAAUGCUCGCAACAUAGCCAUGGUUUUCGCUCCCAACAUGACACAGAUGGCUGAUCCUCUAACAGCAUUGCUUCAUGCUGUUCAAGUAAUGAACUUGUUAAAGACAUUGAUCAUCGUAAAACUCAGAGAAAACAGUUUGCCCGAGAUGAAUAGAGUCUUUUCAUGUAGUCAUAGGGUUGAUCUUGAUGGAGUGGAUCAUGAUCAUGAUCACACUAAAGAUGAGUAUGAGGAGGAUGAUGAUCAAAGGGAAGGGGAAGGAAUAAUGGAGAAACUGAAGUUGAAGAAAAGGGUAAGGAGAUUGUAUAGGCAUCCAGUUUUCCAGUUGAGGAAGACAGUGAAAAAAACAUUAGGUUAACUUACUUAAUUACCCUUUAACUUUUUGGGUUAGUAUUAGAUGCUUGGUAACUCACCAAUUGGGGUUUGGUGAAAAAGCACUAAUGAUUCUCAAGUUUCUUUGUGGUUUCUUGCUUUCUAAGUGUGAGAUUAUACCUUUUUCUUAUAAAGAAAUAUGCUUUGUGACAA